AUGAAGAUGCUCAAACCCGGCUGGCAGGGGCUGGCCGCAGAGCAAUUCGAGAAGCUGGUCGAAGAGGCACUAUGGGAGUUGACCAAGUAUGGGGCUGCAUAUGACGAUGCCAAGUUGGAUAAUUUCCUCAUUUCAGAUGCUGAGGUAGAAAUCGUCGACUUGGAGUUUGUGUUUGAGGUCGAGGCGCCGGAUUAUGAGCUCGCAGUUACAUGUCACCUCGACAAUCUACUAGGGCUCGAUCUCGGAGCCCAGGUGACAGACACCAUGUUCCAGAGAAUACGUGGCGCCAUCGACCGCACUAUUGCGGAAGAGCAGGCGCGGCAAAGAGGCGACGACGCGCCCAUGUCCAGAUCCGCCUCCGACUCGUCUAGGCAAGGAGCCAAUGCCGGGCGAAGACCCCGACCAAAUAACGGUAGCACCGAUGCAGCAGAGCCGCCUUUGAACCCUGAUCCAGCCGUCUUUGAGGCCGCAUUUGUCAUUGACGAUAGCGACGAGCCGAGCCGCGCUGGCACCCCAAAACCCCCGGUCCCCGAAAAAGAUGCCACUGCCUCGGAGAACACUGCUGCCGACGAAGGCAACAAGGCCGCCGAUCAAAAGAAUGGCAAGCGCACGAGCACAGAGAAGCCGAAAAAGAGCGCUAGCUCGGUCGCAAGCUCAAAUACAAUGGUUGCGUCGCAGUCAGGCUCCAGCGACCUGUCGCCAGAGAUCAAGCAACGUCUACGGAAGCUGGAAAAGCUCGAGGCCACGUACCCAGAACUGCUGCGAUCAUAUCGAGUAGCGCAUAAGCGAGCUACAUCUAUCGAGCCCUUCGAGAAGGCGUUGCGCGAGAAUACUCCCUUGACCUCCAUCACCGACCCGGAUGCCUUAAUCGAAUACCUCAAUCAAUUAAAUCUUCGCGGCGACAUGGUAAUGGAUGAGCUGAAACGAGUCUCUGCCGAAAAGGAUGAGAUCAAAAAGAAGCAAACCGAGGCGGAGGAGUCGUUGACCAAGGUCAAGAAUCAACUGGAAGCAAUGGAAGCCGAUGGUGGAAACAAGCACACCGAGCAGGGUGCUGACUCUCCCGAGGCCAAGAAGAAGGAGGCUGGUGACGACUUUUUUUCUUACGAAGACGAAAUUCCUCAGCUUCAAGCCGACGUGGCAGCCAAAGCUGACGAGAUUGAAAAGCUCAAGUCAGAAGUAGCCAAGCUCCAGAGUGAUUUAUCCGCUGCGAAAGAGAGUAGCGCUGGCCUCGCUGCCAAUCUCGAAAAGGCUACCAAAGAGCUGGAGCAAACGCGCGGCGGGUCCGAGGACCAGGAGAAGCUGCAAAAAAAUCUUGAUUCUCGAACGAAUGAAGUCAAUGAGCUCACUGAGAAGUUGAGAACGGCCGAGUCGGAAUUGAAGAUGCUGCAGGACAGUUCGAGCAAAGACGCCGAAGCCAGCGCUAGUAAAGUCAAGGACACUGAGGCUUCGCAGAUGGCGGCUGAAAAGCGCGCCCAGGAUCUCGAUGCGGAGCUGGCCAAGGCCAGAAAUGCCACGAUUGUCUCCAAGAGCUUGAUAGAUGACUUGAAAUCGCAAGUUCAGAAACUGGAUGCUGAGAAAUCAGAAAAGCAGACCAAGAUUGACCAACUCACAAAGCAGGUCAACAAUAACUCUUCUUCAACAGCAGCGGCUGUCAUUACAGAAACGACGGCUAAACCUGCUACGACAGGCGGUGCCUCGGGCGGCUCCAAAAAGAAGAAUAAGAAAAAGAAGGGCAAGGGCAAUUCUGCCAUUCAGAACGCUGCCGAGGACGACAACGAGAGCAGAUCCAGCGAGCCUGUCAAGCAAGAUUCCGGAGCUGACGCGAGUGUUCUGCAAGCUGAAAUCGAUCAUCUCAAGGAGGAAAUCAAGCAGAAAGACAUUGAGAUCGAGCGUCUGACGAAGAAGCGAAAAUCUGAGGAAGACUUGCAAGAAGAAAUUGAAACGCUGCGUGAUAACCUGGUCAAUAUCGGGCAGGAUCACGUCCAAGACAAGGAGAAGUUGAAGUCGCUCGAGCAAGAAAGGAAGGAGCUCAAGGCAGAAAUUGAACAAGCCCGAGCCAAACUUAACUCGUCGACUUCUGACUCAACCAAGGCCGACAAGGUUCGAGGCGAAAUGGAUGCUUUACAAAAGGAUCAUAACGGCCUCAAGCAAAAGAUGAGUACUCUGCAGUCAGAUCUGGGCGCAGCUCAGCAACUAGCACAAAGCAGAUUCAAGGAUCUUAGCGAACUGAAAGAAGUUUUGCAAAAGGCACAGCCGGAGCUUAAGAGUUUACGGCAAGAAAAUGCUUCGCUCAAGACUACCAAGGAAGAACUGGCCAGCAAGGUAAAAGAGUUGAUGGAGAUGGAGAAGAAGGAGAAGGAGUUGAAGAAGGAGAUUGCAUCGGCACAAGAACUUGCUGCGGACCGCGCUAUUGAGAUUAAGAGCCUCAAAGAAAAGCUCAGUCAGGAAGUUGGUGCGAAGCAGAAGCUCGAGGAAGCCCAGCAUGUAUCGGGUCGUGAAUUGCGCCGCGCCGAGGCAAGCAAGGUCGAGCUGAGCGCCAAGGCCGAAAAGGCAGAGGCUGAGCUUCAGAAGCUCCAAGAAGAAGCAAAGAAGCUUCGACCCCGCGUCAAGGAGCUUGAGGAGCAGAUGCACAAGUUGAAGCGCGAAAAGGCGGCAGCGCAGGAAGAAGGCGAAUUCAAGUCGCAACAGUACAUCAACGCGCAGGCUCUACUCAGCAGCAUGCGCGACCAGACCUCCGAAAUGUCGGUGCAGCUCAAGGAAUCCAAGUCGCAGGCCGAGGCCGUAGAAGAAGAGCUUGCCGAGGUGCAAAAGCUUCUGCAGGAGAGAACGCGCGAAGCCGAGACAAUGCGCAGACUACUCUCCGACGUUGACGAGCGGGCGGAUGGUAAAGUCCGCGAGAUGCGCACCCGCAUGGAGGCGGCCAUUGAAGAGCGCGAGCGCAUCGAGGACGAAUCUAGCACCAUCGCACGCAAGCGAUCACGCGAGGUGGAAGAGCUGAAGCAGAAGCUGCGCGAGCUCGAGCGCGAGAUGAAGAACCUGACGCAAGAACGCGACGACUUGGAUGAAAAGUCUAGGGAGUGGCGUCGCCGCCGCGACGAGCUCGAGACCAUUGAGGAGCGGGCGUCGGCCGAGGCAGAGGAGAUGCGCGCGACGGCGUCGCAGCUGCGCAGCGCGCUGGAUGCCUCGGAGAACCAGGUCCGCGACGGCGAGAAGCAGCGCGCCGAUCUGCGCAAGAUGCUCGACGACUCGCGGCAGCGCUACGAAAAGAUUGCCAAGGACCUCAAGGCGGCGCAGUCGAAGCUGCUGUCGAGCCCGAGCAGGACGUCUGUCGACUCGAACCGAAGCGGCUCGAUGAAUGGCUCUGGCGGCAGUGCAGACACGGUAUACCUCAAGACGAUUCUACUGCAGUUUCUAGAGCAAAAGGAUGCGCGUCUGCGUGCGCAACUUGUUCCAGUCUUGGGCAAGCUGCUCAAAUUUGACAAGUCUGAAGAGGAGAAAUGGAGCAAAGCUGUCCAGCAUCUAGAAGUGCGAUGA